AUGAGCCUCGCAAACUUCCUCCGAGAGUACAAGUUGGUCGUCGUGGGCGGAGGUGGCGUUGGCAAAUCUGCUUUGACCGUCAGAUUCAUCCAAAACCGCUAUGACGAGGAGGACUACCAGCCGACGAUAGAAGACUUCUUUCGAAAGCAGUGUGUCAUUGACGAGGAGGUCGCGCUGCUCGAGAUUCUCGAUACCGCUGGCCAGGAGGAGUAUCGGGCUAUGCGAGAGCAGUACAUGAUUCACGGCGAGGGCUUCCUGAUUGUUUACUCCAUCAACGACCGCAACUCGUUUGAAGAGGUGCCCUCGUUCUACGAACAGAUUCUUCGGGUCAAGAACGUCGACGUCUUCUCCUCGGUGAUCAUCGUUGGGAGCAAAUGUGAUUUGGAGUUCGAGCGGCAAGUUAGCACCAGCGAGGGCCGCAAUUUGGCGCGGAAUCUUCGCUGCACGUUCAUUGAAACCUCUGCUAAACAGCGAAUCAACGUCGACGAGGCAUUCAUCAAUCUUGUCCGUGAAAUCAGGCUGUACAACAAAGAGAAGGUGCGUAACCAUCUUUGCCCAAUUCAGCACGAAUCAUCCCUAUCCAACUAUCCAUCCGCUGCAAUUUUGACUGAUACACACCGUAGCAACUGGCGUCUGGGCGGGGAGGUGGCGGUGGCGCAGAUUUGGCCUCGCGAGGAUUCAAUAACAAUGGCGGAGACGAUGACCCAGGAUUCACUUGCAGCUGCAAGUGCGUCGUACUCUGAACAACUGAAGGAAGGAAUUGGAAGAAGUCAAUACUGGAAUUGA